UAGUAUCCGAGGGUGUCAACAAUUAUAGCUAUUUCGAUCUUUCAACGCUCAGUGCAGUUUUGUAGAGACCUAGUGGUUCGUUCGAGGGUUGUGGCAGACUGUAGUUUGGUUUUGGGAAAAUGAAGGCAUUUCUAGCAGUUCUGGCUCUGGUAGCUGCUGUGGUAGCGGAUGAAGUAGUUCAGCAACCAACUGUGUUUCUUCAACCUCCGGUUGAACACCAUCAGAACAAGGACUUCAACGCACCUUGGCCAGUGGAGAACUCGUGGGCCCCAGUAGCUGAUCCUCACCAACCAAUUCAAGUAGUACAGCAAAGUUCUUCUUACUAUGCCCCAGUUAAUCAUGGUAACCACAAUCAAGAGGACUGCCACCAAGAUAACCAACAAGUUAGUCCACAGUACUACCAACAUCAGGAGCAACAUCACCAGUAUGAACAACAAACUGCCUAUCAGGCCAACAACUCUCCAGCAUCUGUUGAAGUGAAGGUUACCCAUCCCGAUUGGGCCACUUCCUACUCCAAUGUCAACCGUUACAACAACUACUGGCCAGCCCCUGUCCAGUUUGUGCCAGCUGCCCCGGUUUUGGCUACUCCUGCCCCAUUUGCCAAGCCAUCCUAUGCCCCAACCUCUGCUCCGGUGCCCGUCUACAACCACAAUGUAGCCAAAUGGAACACUUGGAGCAACCAGCCCGUCUACGACAUCGUCAAGGUCCCCCAGUCGGUUGCCAAGUACGUGGCCAUCACUCCCGGAUCGGUGCACAUUGCUCCACUGCCGGGUCAUACCGUUUCGCACAAGGUGCUGAACGUGGCCCCAGCUGGAAGCUGGUAAAAACAGCGAUACGCCAUCCCGAGUGCUAUUGAAAUGUACGAGAACUCAAACAAUGUUGAUUAGUUUGUAAUAAAUCAAGACUGUUACGCUGCAGAUAGAA